GUGUAAUGCGGAGAGAAAGAGAAUGCGAACCUGCAGGAGUGCAUAACACCGGUUGCCGAAUUAGGUAAUUGGGGUAUUCUCAUAGGAUGUUUUUCUUGUCCCAAGGGUGAGUAUUGAACAUGAUAAUAUUAAUUUAAUAUGAAGAAAAACUCAUCAUUCUUCUUUACUAUAGAAUAGGACAGCCGGCUCGAUUCAUUUGGAUCACAAGUUAAUUGAAACUAUUCAAGAAGUACGCUCUGACGAAAUCUACCUCUUCACGCAUCUUUUGUUUUUGGGUGAAAUCCGUGCAUCCACCUACGUCAGGCAUUAUUUUUAAAUUUUUUUUUGUAACUGUCACCAAAGUUUCUCCUCCACCCAUAGUUGAGCAACUAGACUGAUUGAUUUGAAAAAAAGAGAAGCAGAAACUCACUCAAACACCUUUUAGACAACCCUUAAUAAUGAAAGUUUCUAAUUACAUAAUAUCUGCCUUGGGUUUGGCCCCAUUGGCUGCUGCCACAAUUGUUACUGCGAAGUCUGAAGAGUUUGAAGUUGCCCAACGUGAUAUUUUUGCUGAAUUGAGCGAAGAGAUCGCUGCUUUUAGUCAAGAACAUCUCUCCAAGAGAGCUGAUUCCCCAUCUUCUAUCGAAUCCCUUUUACUUGCUGUCAACCAAUCUGGUAUCAUUUUCCAGACUGUGGACAGUAUUGCCACUCUGCAACCAGCUAUGGACAAUCUUGCCAAUCUCCUUAUUUCCGUACUCAAGAGUAACAGCAGUGCCAGCUCAAUGUUACUGAGCUUGAAUAUUUCUUUGAAUGUUCUGGACAUUUUGGAAACUGUGAAGGCAUCUGGUAUCAUCACCACCAUCGCUGAUGGACUUUUGCUCAAUGAUCAAAACCGUCAAGCCGUUGCUGCUGUUGCUGGUGACACCCUUGCCAACCAUGUUUGGGCAUCUAAAAUUUUGCAAGGUUUAGGUGAUGGAAAGGACCUUACCGUUGACUACAUUGCUGAUACUGUUAAGAAUACUGUUCCUAAGGGAGAAGCUGCCAACAGUACAGACUCAUCUAAGGAAGCUGUAUUUACCAAUGCUAAGCGUGCUGAACUGACUAGUGGCUCAUACCAAACAUUUGUCAACAAUCUUGUUAAUGCUGCCUUAGCUUCCCAAGCCCUUUCUAUCUCCCUUGAUGGUGUUUUGGCUGCUCUCAACGACACUGGUCUUGGGUUAAGUCUUGUUAUGCAAGGAUUGAACAGUACUUCUCUUAGAACCAUUGGUCUGUAUGUUCUUCCAAAGGUUUACAACAGCGGUGCUCUUGACAACAUUGACUUGAACACUUUCUAUCAACAUUCUAAGAAGUCUGGAUUGACUGCUAAUGCUCUUCAAUCUCUUUUCACCAAUGAGAAGUACGCUCCACCUGUGGCACUCAUUUUCAAGCAAAUGGAAGACCAAGGUGUAUUUGAAAAAGUAAGACUUCAUCUCUAUGGUUAAAGAGUAUAAGUUAUUUAUAAUUUUCAAAACAACCUAAUGACGGAGAUGAACAAGAAUAUCCCGUAGAAAAGAAUAUACAAUUAAUACCGAAAUAAAUGUAAGAUAAGUAAAGUAAACUCUGGUUUGUAUAAAUCGUUAAAUUAAUUUCAUUUUAAACAUUCUAUGUAUACUCUAAUGUAAUUUUUUUGUUUUCGUUUUUGAUUACAAUUAAAU